AUGCCACAUAUCAGUGCCCAUAAGAGAUACCUUUCAGUGCCAACUAUCAGUGCCAUGCCAGUCACUGCCACCUAUCAGUACACAUCAGUGCCGCCUAACCAUUCCAAUCAGUGCCGCCUAUCAGUUCCAGUCAGUGCCGUCUAUCAGUGCCGCCUAUCUGUUCCCAUCAGUGCUGCCUGUCAGUGCCAUAUAUGAGUGCUGCCUUUCAGUGCCCAUCAGUGAUGCCUGCCAAUGCCCAUCAGUGCCUCCUCAUCAGUGCCGCCUAUCAGUGUCCAUCAGUGCAGCCUCUUUAGCGCACAUCAGUGAAGGAGAAUAAUUACUUAUUUACAAAAUGUUAUAACAUAAACUAAAAAAAAAAAAUGUUUUUUCCCAAAUUUCCAGUCUUUUUUAGUUUGUUUAG